AUGAUCUCCUUACCAGAAAUACAAUCCUCAAACACCCAAAUCGCCAAUCUGCCAGGUCUAAUCGCAGUCUUUAUAGGCGCAACUAACGGCAUCGGCGAAGCAACCCUAAAAGAAUUCGCCCGUUCAGCCAAGUCUCCGCGCGCAUACUUCGUUGGCCGUUCGCAAGAUGCUGGAAAUCGGAUCACGGCCGAAUGCCGACAGAUAAACCCAAAGGGCGAAUAUAUCUUCAUCAAGGCGGAUUUGAGUCUUGUUCGGAACGUUGAUGAUGUAUGCCGACAAAUUCAAAGGAAAGAGAAGACGAUCAAUUUGCUUUUCCUGAGUUGUGGGGGUCCGAGGUCUGGGUUUGAUACACCUGAAGGUCUGCAUAUCAUGCUUGCGACACAAUAUUACGCGCGCAUCAGAUUCACGAUGAACCUUCUUCCACAACUCAAGGCUGCGACUGGUCUCAGGCGUGUUGUUAGUGUGUUAGCGGGCGGAUAUGAAGGACAGAUCUACGAGAACGAUUUCCAAGCGAGGAAUAUGAAUCUCUUGAGUUUACGCGGGCAUGUCGUUUCGAUGACCGAUAUGGCAUUUGAGAAUCUAGCAGCGCAAGCGCCAGAAGUCAGCUUUAUCAAUGACUAUCCCGGCGCCGUUAAGACGGGCCUUCAUCGAGAAGCUGAGGGUUUCUUGAUGACGCUUUUGGUUUGGGUUUUGGCGGUCAUUGGGCCUUUGUUUUAUAUUCCGAUUCAGGAGUCUGGGGAGAGGCAUUUGUUUUUCGCGACCAGUGCUAAGUAUCCGGCGCGUUUGGGAGAGGAUGGGUUUGGGGUUCCUUUAGGCAAAGAAAUUGAGGUUGCCAAUGGGCUUGAUGGGAAGGUUGGGAGUGGUGUUUAUAGUGUCCAUUGGUCUGGCGUCGAUUCUGGAGAGAAGGUUGUUAGGCUGUUGGAGUUGUUGAGGGGACAGGGAAUGGUGAGGAAGGUUUGGGAGCAUACUGUUGGUGAGUUUGAGCGGAUUACGGGCGAGGUGGAGGCUAGGUGA